UUUACCUAUUUUUGGGUUAGAGUCGGAAUUAAGCUUGUAUCUGCAUGUGCGCGUGUAGCACUCUUAAGGUGUCCCUCCCCAUGCCUCGCGCAAAUGGUCUCGUUGUUCUCUUUUGAUGCAGCGCUGGUGUUCGCCAUGUUUCCUUCUUAAAAUUCGACAUCUUUGUUCAUUUCAUUUUCGUGUCUGGCGCUGGCCGCCUUGCUUAAUAUAUCGUGCCAGCCGUGUUGGAUACGCAGUGUUCUCAUCUGUCACAAUCGGUGAGCGACUGGCUCAGUGGGAUGGAUUGUUCCGACGCGAGGUCAACCAGGCGGAGAUCUGGCAUGCCUCGGCAUUUUCGACGCCGCCACCUGCUGAACCGUCAAGCAGCCGGAUCGAAGCCAAACGUCAAUAACGACUCCGAUUCCGACUCCAACUCCGACGAUGGAAUCGAAUCAGGACCAGAUUCGGAUGAUGAAGACGAGAAGGCAGAUGACAUCUUGGAUGGGACGACGCCAGGUCAGCCAGGAGAUAACUUGGGCGCGCCAAGCCCCGGAGAAUCCCAGUCGCUGUCCCCAAGGUCCGACAAUACCCUCCAGCCGCAGCCCACAGGAGGAGUAAGGACAAACAUACCAAUCUUCUCCCAUAUUGUGCCCCCACGACCAACACUGUCUGGAGCACCGGUCGUGCCUACGCUGUUUCCCAAGCUCCCGGAGACGACAGGCAGGGACCAAGAAGAGGAAGUGACAACGACAAGCAGCUCGCAAACGACAAAGGAAACGACAACUUCCCGCAACUCGCAAACAACAAAGUCGCAAGACGUCCCAGCCGGUAGUGUGACUCGAGCUCCCGAGUCCACGACCACGGAAGCAAUCACUUCCAUCAUUGCGGACGAGUCGACACGACGUGGAGCCACUUCCAUUCAGGACGGUGCCGGAACGACCGCUAUCCCAGAGGAUCUCAGCACGUUCUUGACUUCAAUCUCCGAGAGCACAUUCGCGACCUCAAUUUCUGAGAGCACGAGCGCGGCCACCACGGCAGUUGAGGCCCCUGAGCAGGUGGGAAGCACGUCGGGCGGCAGUACCAAUACUGGCACCGAUGUGGGCAUCCUCAUCGGAACAGUGUCACUGGCUGGUAUGCUAAUCGGCGUGGCCAUUUUCUUCUACAAACGGAGGAAGAGCGCCAAAGACCAACUCACCAAUCUCUCCCCUGUUCAAAUCACCACGUCCGCACCGCCUCCUGAUCCGGAGAGAGGAAUUUACGCAGCCAAUGCCUGGGCCAACCGUGACUCACGCACGCGAGGCGCACAGGAGAAUCCCACGUACAUGUAUGGGUUGAGUCCACCUGAGAUGGCACAAACGACUCGCGGAUACGGCGCCCCUAUCCCGGGAUUCUCACCAGCCGCGGCCCUGCGCGAUCCCGGCAGACCCAUCGCGCGCCAAUCGGGAGUAGGGUCCGAGGCGUCUUCGCCGUACGGUGGUGGGCAAGUCACGGGUCAUCUGGUACCUCCCUUGCGGUCCGACGUUCCCCGAUCUCAAGCUGGUCCCUAUGCUUAAGUAGAGGAAUGACUCUUGA